AUGAAAGCUUUGCUCGUAUUGAUCAGCACCGCCUGCGCCGCGUCGGCGCUGCAGCUGCAGGCACGACCGCCGGCGCCCCGAACCCGGCUGCGCGUGCUGGCCGCGCCGCGGCUUGCUGAGUCCGCCGAGCCCGAGUCCACGCCGGCGACACCCGAGCCGCUCACAAUCUCGGAUGAGCAGAUCGCUGCAGCGGCGCGGGCAGCGUCGGAGCCCGGCGCGGACCCAUUUGCGGGCUUCGAGACGGCGGAGCCGCCUCGCGAGGAGGAGCCCUUCGACCCGCGCAUAAUUAUAUACGUCUCGCUGCCCGCGCUCGUGCUGGGCGCGCAGCUCUUCUUCACCUUCUCGCGCGACAUGCUCGCGGGGGACCAAGUCGGUCCGGCGGUGAUGGACGCGAUGUGAGGCACCGCGAGCCACCCCGCUCUGGCGUCUGUGUCUUCCGCAGUCCCUUGGCGGGGAGUAGCACUUGCGAUUUGGCGGGGAUCGGGAGGGACGGAGAGUGUGUGUGUGACGGGCCCCUCCCCCGGCCGUCUCUCGUGCAGCUAGCUCCUGUCUCUCUGUGUGGGGGGGGGCGGCGUCCAUGAUUGCGUGUGGGGAAAACGCUGCUUAGUCGUGGCACAUGAGACAUGUAGUGGAUUUUGAGACA